AUGGCCACUCAGGUGGAGGCACUCCUGCCGGCCAACCCGCUUAUCAACGCGGAGGAGCACGGCAAAGUGAUCCGCGGCGAACCGCAGCCAGAGGUCGACGGGGCCGAGCGGGGCCAGGCGGCGGCCGUCGCUGGAGAGGAAGAGCCCGGCUGCGGGGAGAGCUCCGGGAGUCCCAGGCGGCACACGGAAGCGGACGAAAGGGCUUGUGACAGCGAGACCAAACCCGACGAGGAAGGCGGUAGAAGCCGGAAGGAGUUUACCGAGGCUCCCCCACCCAAGGUGAACCCGUGGACCAGGAAAAUGAACGCGGUGACCGUGGUCAGCGUGAACGGACAAGCACAUCACGAGACAACUGUUCCUGCCAAAGUGGUGAGAGCGGGCAAUCCUCCCAAGGCCAGGCGCGGAGGAAAGGUCGGAGACUUUUGCGACGCCAAUAGCUGGCCAACCCCGGGGGAGAUCGCCACUAAAGACAUGCAGAUAGAGGCAGUGACACGGACCGUGUCCUGCCCGCCGACUGUCAGACAGGUCAAAGACCCGUGGAGAACCACUGCCCACAAGAGGACGACCACUAAAAAGGAGACGAAGGAGAAGCGCGAAAGCAACGAAGAGAGCAAGGAGAACCUGAAGACCAGUAAGUCGGAUGAUUCCGGAGAGGAGAAGAAUGGAGACGAUGACUCCCAGAAAAAUGGCCAGAAGAAAAAAGGAAACAAACAAAAGUGGGUCCCCCUGAUGAUCGAGGGUCCUCGGGAGCGCUCGGCCUCCCGGAAUAACAGCAGGCAGAACGAAACGCUCCGCCUGCCGCCAAACACCAGGAACGACCUCCGAGACUGGCACAGUCAGAAGUACGAACGGGAAUGGCGCGACGACCACGACGAAGUGUCCAGCGUAAAAAGCGAGGGUGCACCGUUUCGCGGCGGCUUCCGGGGACGCGGGCGCGGAAGAGGCCGCGGACGGGGCCGGGGACGAGGCAGAGGUCACUACGAAUACCACCAAGGCUACAAGUCGUACGAAAUGAAAGACGGACCUUACGGACAGAAGUUCAGCAACUCUGUUACCUACUACUAUGACAACAUGAGCAGCAGCGAGCUGUACUCAGUGGACCAGGACCUACUCAAGGACUACAUCAAGAGGCAGAUUGAGUACUACUUCAGCCUGGACAAUCUGGAGCGUGACUUUUUCCUACGCAGGAAGAUGGAUCAGGAAGGCUUCCUGCCUAUCGGACUCAUCGCUAGCUUCCAUAGAGUUCAGGCACUCACGACUGAUGUCAACAUUAUUCUGGAGUCUCUGAAGGACAGCAAGGAAGUGGAAGUGAUAGACAUGAAGAUCCGUCGGAAGGCUGAGCCCGAGAAGUGGCCCUUGCCGGGCCUGACCGUACCCAACCACACGGACUUUUCCCAACUCAUCAACUGCCCUGAAUUCGUUCCUAGGCAGCCUGCCGAGGACCCUGCAGGGUCUUUCAGGGCCUCGACUUCGACGCAGCGUCCGCCAAAGCCUGAAUCCGAAACGACCUCUAAUCUUAAGACGAUGCCCAAGGGCCUCUCCGCCAGCCUGCCAGACCUGGACUCUGAGUCCUGGAUCGAGGUCAAGAAGAGGCCCAGACCUUCGCCAGCUCGACCCAAGGUCAGCCCAGAGAAGGCGCCAUCUUCACAGCAGCAGAGGGAAAAAGACGAGGCCAACCGCUCGCCAUUGCCACAGUCCUCACCUUCUCCGGCCAACCCCGGAAACAAGGAGGGCGGCGAACAGGACGAGCCCGAAGAGCUAGAUUUCAUGUUCGACGAAGAGAUGGAGCAGAUGGACGGGCGGCGCAACACCUUCACCGAUUGGUCGGACGAGGACACAGACGGCGAGAUCGACGACCGCGACGUCAACAAGAUCCUGAUCGUAACGCAGACACCGCCAUAUCUGCGCAAGCACCCUGGCGGCGACCGCACAGGCCACCACACAUCGCGUGCCAAACUCUCCAGCGAGCUGGUCAAGGUCAUCAAUGAUGGCCUCUUCUACUACGAGCAGGACCUGUGGGAUGACACGUACGAGCCCGAAUACGCAACUAUCAAACAAGAAGUGGAGAACUUCAAGAAGGUUCACCUAAUCAGCCGCGAACAAUUUGACUGCCUGACCCCUGAGCCCCCAGUUGACCCCAACCAGGAAGUUCCCCCAGGUCCUCCACAACCCCAGCAGAUCCCUACAGAUGCCUUGGCGAACAAACUAUUUGGCGCCCCCGAGCCUUCGUCAAUAGCCCGGUCGCUCCCGACGACUGUGCCCGAGUCGCCCAACUACCGCAGUGCCCGCACGCCACGCACACCGCGCACCCCUCACCGGAAAGACGCCACCACGACGCCGCGCUUUUACCCGGUGGUUAAGGAAAGUCGGCCCGUCGACGCCAAGACUCCGAGGAAGCGGAAGACCCGGCACAGCUCCAACCCGCCCAUGGAGUGUCAUGUCGGUUGGGUGAUGGAUUCUAGAGAGCACCGUUCCAGAACCGCCUCUGUCAGCUCCAACGCCAGCCCGUCCGAGGGCACGCCCGCUUUGGGUAAUGUGGGCUGCACACCCCAGUCCCUCCCUAAGUUCCAGCAUCCUUCCCAUGAGCUGCUCAAGGAGAACGGCUUCACGCAACACGUCUACCACAAGUACCGCCGGCGCUGCCUAAAUGAGCGUAAGCGGCUAGGAAUCGGGCAGUCCCAGGAGAUGAACACGCUGUUCCGCUUCUGGUCCUUUUUCCUGCGAGAUCACUUCAACAGGAAGAUGUACGAGGAGUUUCGGCAGCUGGUGGUAGAAGACGGCAAAGAAGGAUACAGGUACGGUUUGGAGUGCCUGUUUAGGUACUAUAGCUACGGUUUGGAGAAGAAGUUUCGGCCGGAUAUCUUCAAAGACUUCCAGGAGGAGACCAUGAAAGACUAUGAGGCUGGUCAGCUGUACGGACUGGAGAAGUUUUGGGCCUUCCUCAAAUAUUCUAAAGCCAAAGCCUUGGAGAUAGACCCCAAGCUGCAGGAGUGUCUCAGCAAGUUCAAGCGUCUCGAAGACUUCAGAAUCGACCCGCCGAUGGAGGAAGGUGGCCGCCGGAGACACUCGUCCAGCGGGGAUGGCCGCCGUCGACACCCCUCCCAUCCUUCCAGUCGACCCCAAAGCCAGAACAGCUCUGCCUCCAGCCCCGUGUGCGGCGCCACGGCCAAGGAUGACGCCAAACCCGACGCCAAGACGCUCAAGUAA